CUUCAGUUCCCACCCGGCUUGUAAACAUCAGCGCACCCGGACAUAGGAGCAGCGUGGAGGGAGAGUGAGCCUAGCUGUAGAGGUGGCUAACACCGUUAGCUUCAGACUUCUCUGUACGCUUCACCUCCGACAUGGACAACACGACCGACGGCACGUGGGACAGUUUACCUGUCAGACUCAACGAGAGGAUUUUAGAAACGCUCGCGGAGCUGAAAUUCACUCACACGACACCUGUACAGGCGGCUUGUAUUCCGCUGUUCAUGAGCAACAAAGAUGUUGCAGCCGAGGCGGUAACUGGGAGCGGAAAGACGCUCGCUUUUGUCAUUCCCAUCAUAGAACUGCUGCUGAAGAGGGAAGAGAAGCUGAAGAAGAUGCAGGUCGGCGCUCUGGUCAUCACUCCCACACGAGAGCUGGCGCUUCAGAUCAGUGAAGUCAUGGAGACGUUCAUCCAGAAGUUCCCACAGUUUACGCAGAUUCUACUGAUCGGUGGCAGUAACCCGAUAGAAGACGUGGAGAAGUUCAAGGAUAAAGGAGCGAACAUUGUGAUCGCGACUCCGGGCCGCCUGGAGGACAUGUUCAGGAGGAAGUCCGAUGGUCUGGACUUGGCCUGUUAUGUAAAGAGUCUGGACGUGCUGGUUCUCGAUGAGGCCGACAGACUUCUCGACAUGGGGUUCGAAGCCAGUCUGAACACCAUCCUGGGCUACCUGCCCAAACAGAGACGAACAGGCCUGUUUUCAGCCACGCAGACGCAGGAGCUGGAGAAGCUGGUGAGAGCCGGCCUCAGGAACCCAGUCCGCAUCACCGUGAAAGAGAAGGGCGUCGCUGCCACCGCCGUCCAGAAAACACCUUCCAGACUCUCCAACUACUACACAAUCUGCAGAGCAGAAGACAAGUUCAACAGCCUCGUGGCGUUUUUGAGGCAACACAAGCAUGAGAAGAACCUGGUCUUCUUCAGCACGUGUGCCUGUGUGGAGUACUACGGUCGAGCGCUGGAGAUUCUGGUGAAGAAGGUUCCGGUCCACUGCAUCCACGGCAAGAUGAAACAUAAACGCAACAAGAUCUUUGCAGACUUUCGGGCCCUGAAAAGCGGGAUCUUGGUGUGUACAGAUGUCAUGGCCAGAGGUAUCGACAUCCCCGAUGUUAACUGGGUGCUGCAGUACGAUCCUCCCAGCAGCGCCAGUGCGUUUGUACAUCGAUGUGGACGUACCGCUCGAAUCGGCAACCAGGGCAACGCCCUCGUCUUCCUGCUGCCCAUGGAGGAGUCCUACGUCAACUUUCUGUCCAUCAACCAGAAAUGCCCGCUCCAGCUGAUGCCUCCUGUCAGUGAUGUUGUGGACGUGCUGCCCAAAGUGCAGGCCAUGUCUCUGGCUGACCGCGCCAUGUUUGACAGGAGCAUGAGGGCCUUCGUCUCGUACGUGCAGGCCUACGCCAAACACGAAUGUAGCCUCAUCUUCAGAGUCAAAGAUCUGGAUUUUGCCACGCUAGCACGCGGCUUCGCCCUCCUCCGCCUGCCGAAGAUGCCCGAGCUGAGGGGGAAAACGUUUCCCGAUUUCAUCGAGACGACCGUGGACACGGACACCAUCCGCUACAAGGACAAGAACAGGGAGAAACAGAGGCAGAAGAUGCUCGCAGAGCCCAGAGAAGAGACGCCUUUUCCCAGAAAGAACUUCAUCAAGAAUGAGUCCUGGUCGAAACAGAAGACCAAGAAGGUUCGCAGGAGAAAGAUGGCUGCCAAGAGGAAGCACAACGAGGGUUCAGACGUGGAUGAAGAAGACAUGAAGGAGCUUUUAAAUGACACUCGCCUUCUCAAGAAACUAAAGAAAGGGCAAAUCAGCGAGGAGGACUUCGAGAAACAGAUAACGAGCGAGCCGAAGUCGAAACACAAAACAGGACUGUCACACGACGGCUCGGAGGACGACGCAUGAUCCAACAGCUGUGUUCAAAACUGGUCAAAAUUCAAUUAAAUCCAACUCCUUGGAGUUCGUUCUGACGAUGCAUUUUUAUUGAGGAUGGUGAGGCACAGUUAUAAAUAAAGCUUGAUGAGUUCAUCGCUGACA